AUGGCUAUUCAGCGUCCAGUAGCUAGAGAUGAUCAGUUCCAGGCCUAUGCUAUCGGCCACCAAUUUCGCCGCGACGUAACGCCUGAAGAAUGCUAUCAAUGCGAGUCUGCUUAUCAAUAUGUACGACAAAUGCAACGAAACGAAAAGCUUUGCGCAGGUGAUGCCUUCUUCGACUUAUAUUCAAUCUGUGUAGGAUGCAUCGAAGAUAACAUCAUCACGGGAAGCCCGAGAGACUAUGUUCAACGAAACUUGGGUCGAUACGUCGACUAUUGUGCCCAGUUCACUUCGCUCACUAAAUGGGCUUCCAUGGGAGCUACAUCGACAACUUCGGCCACCGCUUCAGCUAAGGAAACAAACGGUGGAGGCGCGGAUGAAACGAGCAUUACAGGCAGAACUAGAAAGCCACUAGAGACAUCAAUACCAGCUUCUACUGCCAACACUAUCCCACAUAUGACAACGGAAAUCACCCAAUCUGUAGAGUCAGCCAGUUCGUCAAAUAUCUCUAAGGAGGGUAGCUCAGGCUCCAACAAGGCAUGGAUUGCUGGAGCUGUUGUCCCCUCUGUUCUUGUCGUAGCCCUGGCUGUUGGGUUUGCGAUCUGGUGGCGGAAGCGGCGAGGUAGAACACCAAAGACUCCCAAAAGUCCUCACCUAUACGAUUUGGCGGGGGCAGCAGGUUUUGAUAAACCGGAGCUAGAUUCUCAGGGCAUUCCGCGACCGGGAAGCAACGAAGAGCCUAUAACGAGUAAAAGUACAGCUGUACACGAUACUGCCAUCUUUCCAGUACCUGCCGGGAUGUCUGAAAAUGGUUUGAACAGAGCAGAGCUUCAAGGUGAAGCAAAAAGCGGCACAGGACAAACCCAUGGCUCUGGAGCUUACUACGAGCUUCCGGCUAAUGGAACUACGGUGUAUGAAUUGUCUACGAAACUAUCAUAA